AUAUAGUUUAUAUUCAAUUGCCGUACAGUGCACACUGCUUUUCGAACAGUGAAUAUUAUUUUUGGUGAAAAAGUCAAAAUAUAUACAUAUAUCAAAAUGAAAGUUAACUCUUUGUGUUUGAUACUUGGUACUCUUUCUCUUUGUUUUGCAGCACAUGGGGCAUUUCAAUGUCCAAAAGCAGAUGGAGAAUACCCCGAUGACGUACAGUGUGAUAAAUAUUAUCAAUGUGAAGAUGGUGUGGCAAAAGAAAAACUCUGUCCCGACGGUCUAGUAUUUGAUCCUCUUAACAGACAUAUUAAUAAAUGCGAUCAGCCCUUUAAUGUUGACUGUGGAGAUCGAACUGAAUUGCAAGAGCCAAAACCCUCAAAGUUUUGUCCCCGUAAAAAUGGAUUCUUCGCACAUCCCGAUUCUUCUGUAUGCAAUAUUUUUUACAAUUGUAUUGAUGGAGACGCACUAGAAACAAAGUGUACUGUUGGUCUGCACUUUGAUGAAUUUGGAGGAACCUGUGUUUGGCCUGAUACUGCGAAACGCGAAGGAUGCGGAGCUGCACAGAAAAAAUCUCCCAGUGGUUUUGUGUGUCCUACGGAUCGUCCAAAGAAUGAUGAUAAAGGUCAAGUAGUUACACAUCCCAAGUUUCCCCAUCCUACAGAUUGUCAAAAAUUCCACGUAUGUUUAAAUGGAGAGGAUCCCCGUGACCUCGCUUGCCAAUUAGGCGAAGUUUAUAACGAAGAAACGGAAAUGUGCGACGCCCCUGAAAACGUUCCAGGCUGUGAGGAUUGGUACAAAGAUUCUGAUGAUAAAAAAGAGUAAGCGUAUGUAAAUGUGUACAUAUGUGAAUGCGUGUGUAAAUACAUAUAUUUGUAUAUACAAAAAAAUUGAUCCCCAUCUUUGAAUUUUAUGUGAGGACAUUGUAUGCCCUUUUAUAUAAUAAUAGAUUAUUUUUUACUCCCUUUGGGCCCAGACCCUAAAACAAAAAAUGUAAACAAUUUACCAGUUCUUUACUUCGAUAUUUGUUAAGUUCAAAAAGUUGUUAAAUCUAUUUUUUUUUUAAAUUCUCUGUACUUCAUAAGCAGCUUAUUUUUUUCGGCAUUUAAGAAUACAUAAUAGAAAUAAGUGCGAUUAUUUACUCACAAAUUGUUUGAAAUUAUAAAAUAUUUACACGCAUGCAACAAUACCACCAUUCACAGCUGUUGACAGCUAAUUAGAAACGAUGCUUAUUUCAAAUUGAACUUUUUGCCUAUCAAAUCACGCAUUUUCAUAAUUUGUUUUCUAAUUUUAUUUAAACAUAUACAAAACUUGAAAUCAUAUUUUAAGAAAUUUAUUCAAAAUUCACUUUUAGAUAUUUUUUUUUACAAACAUGUGAAAUCCAUGAAUUGAGUGCGACAUCUAAUUAGAAACGAGAAUAUUUAUCAGAAAAAAAUAAUGAUAUUAAGAUAAUAUGUUUACUUUUAGUUAGUAAUAUCAUCACUAAAACAACACAACGUUAUGCCUAUGUUACUAUUGAACAAUCGCUUCUAAUUAACUGUCGCACUUAAAUUAGUUUAUCCCAAGUAAUGCUUCCACAAAGUGGGAAAGAAAUAAUAGUUCUUGAAAUUUACAACUACAAAUCUGGAGACAUUGAGAAGUAGAUAGAGUAGCAAAAACAAUGCAAGUGUCGUUUUUAAGAAAAUAUAACGGUUAAUUUGCACAUUGAAUUAUUAUGCUCAACGAGCACUUAAAAUAAGAGAGCGUUUCUAAUUAGUCGUCAACAGCUGUAGAUGCUUUGAUCAUUUCUUAUAUGUAUAUGGCUUUUAUCUUGUAAUAACAUAUGUAUGUAAUUCUCUUUAAAUGUAAGAAAUUUUCCUUGUAUCUACAUAUGUAUCCAUGUUUUUUUAUCUCAAAAUAUCACUGGAAAUAUGUAUUUGCAUACCAAGAAACCAUUUACAUAAAAGCGUAUCUACUGUGACUGAAAAUUAAAUUAGUGAGUAAAAUAUUUACAUAGUCAAUAA